GACUACCCUCACAUCUCACAACGUCUCGACAAUCGCGUGGACGUCACCCAGUCUACUUGUACAGAUAGGAGAGAUCCAUAACUCGUAGUCUAGAGCUAAAUUCCCAUCAUGGGUAUCCCCAAGUUCUUCCGAUGGGUCUCAGAGAGGUAUCCUCUUACCUCUCAACUGAUUACUCCGAACUCAAUCCCAACCUUUGACAAUCUAUACCUUGACAUGAACGGGAUCAUUCACAAUUGUUCCCACCCUCCAUCGUCAGAAAACGAUGUGCAUUUCCGAAUCACUGAAGAACAGAUGAUCUUGGCGAUAUUUGCCUAUAUAGAUCACUUGUUCACAAAGAUCAAGCCGAAGAAGACGUUCUUCAUGGCCAUUGAUGGCGUAGCUCCGAGAGCUAAGAUGAAUCAGCAGCGAAGCAGGCGGUUCAGGACCGCUAGAGAUGCGAAAGAGAAGAGGGCAGAAGCUGAAAGACGAGGUGAAAUAUUGCCAGGGGACAAGGCAUUUGACUCAAACUGUAUCACACCUGGAACGCCGUUCAUGGCUCGUUUGUCGGCUCACUUGAAAUACUAUGUGACAAAGCGUAUAUCUGAGGAUGCAGAGUGGAGAGGUGUGAACAUCAUCCUCAGUGGACACGAUGUACCAGGAGAAGGAGAGCACAAGAUCCAAGAAUUCAUACGGUUGACGAAAGCUCAGCCGGAUUACAACCCUAACACACGACACUGUCUUUACGGCCUCGACGCCGAUUUGAUCAUGCUUGGUUUAUUGAGUCAUGACCCCCACUUUUGCCUCUUGCGAGAGGAAGUCACGUUUGGCAGAAAGACGAAGAAGUCAACAGGCCUCGCACACACUAACUUCUACUUGCUCCACCUAUCAUUACUAAGGGAAUACAUUGAUCUCGAGUUCUCCUCCCUCGCAACCCAGAUUCCGUUCGAAUACGAUCUUGAGCGCAUCAUUGACGAUUUUAUCCUCAUGGGCAUCUUUGUGGGCAACGAUUUCCUCCCUCAUCUACCAGACUUGCACAUCAAUGAAGGUGCUUUGGAAAGAAUCUGGACGAUCUAUAAACAGGUCAUGCCGAAAGCCGGAGGCUAUCUGAACGAGCACGGGACCAUAUCGCUACCGCGACUUCAGUUGAUGCUCGAUGAACUUGCAAGAUUCGAAGUCGAGAACUUUGAGGAAGAGUUUGCCGAUCAGAAUUGGUACAAGGGCAAACAGCAGAAGGAAAUCGACGCGAUGGAGAAGGCAAGAAAGAAGGGGAAGAUUGUCAUCACUAAGGAUCAACAAAAGCUCCUGAACAAGAUCAGAUCAUUUGUAACAAAACACCAAUCGAAACCGACGUCUAACGACCGCUGUACCUUUGUCAACACAUUUUCGGCGCGUGACCGUCGAUUCUUGCAAGAGCUUGCGGAUUCUUUACACCUGCACACGACCUGGGACGAAGUGGACGAUUAUGGGCAAUCUCUGGUUGCGCUAACGUUUGACAUGGAAGGUGUCAGUGAAGAUGGGGAUGGGGAUGUGGGUGAAGAAGCAAAUGCAGAGGCAGAUCAAGAUGCGGAAGACGAUGGAGAAGACGCAGACGAGUGGUCCAGCGAGGACGAUUCGGAGGGUGAUUUGGCCGUCCAAAGAGUGUUUCAGAAAUACGACAAGGCCAAGGUGGUAGAGAACGUCGUGGAUGACUUCGAAGAGAGCUACGAAGAAAAGCUCAAGGAAAAGAUGACUGAGUGGAAGAGGACUUACUAUAAGGAGAAACUCGAAAUCAACUAUGAUGAUCCCCGAAACCUUCACGAGAUCCUCUUCUGCUACGUCGAGGGUCUCCAGUGGAUCCUUAACUACUAUUACAAGGGGGUACCUAGCUGGAGCUGGUUCUACAAGUACCAUUUCUCGCCCAAGAUCACCGAUCUCAAGGGAAUCGCCGAAUACAAAUUUGACUUCGAUUACGGGAAGCCGUUUACGCCUUUCCAGCAAUUGAUGGGAGUUCUACCCGAAGAGAGUAAAGAGCACGUCCCGAGCGCUUAUAGGGAUCUGAUGACUGAAGAAACGUCACCUAUUAUCGAUUUCUACCCUCAAGAUUUCGCCUUGGACAUGAACGGCAAAAAGCAAGACUGGGAGGCAGUCGUGAAGAUCCCGUUCAUUGACCAGGCGCGGCUGUUGAAGGCCAUGGCGCCUCGCGAUGCCCGGCUGACGUCGGAAGAGAAGGAGAGAAACAAAGGAGGGGUCUUGAGCACUCUGUUCUUUUGGGACGAAGACAUUGAGACAACCUACCCUUCAUCGCUCCCUGGCUUUUUCCCCGACAUCGUCGUCUCACACUGCAAGCAGCAGCCUUUCCAUCUACCGACCUUGACAGAUGGCGUUGAUCUCAUUCUGGGUCUUCUUGACGGGGUUCAUCUGGGAGCAUCUGCUCUUGCAGGCUUCCCAUCGCUUCACACUAUCCCUCAUCACGGGACUUUAGGGUUCCAUGCGGUCAAUGUCUUCCAAUCAGACAGCCGCAAUCAAUCCAUGAUCAUCACUUUGGAUCAUCAAGAUAGAGACAAGACCGGAGACAUUGCGAACCAACUCGUCGGAAAGAAGACUUACCACUCUUGGCCGUACCUGCAGGAAGGAUUGGUAGUUGCCGUCUCUGAUGAUACCUACAAGUAUGAGCCGAAGCAGUUGACCGGAAAGUCUCCCAAAGUGGUGGCGACACAUCAUAAUCCAUUCCAGGCGAUUUCCUGGAAGAAGGCUGCGGACCAUGUGGAGCAUCACUAUAGCAAGCGCUUCGGUGUGAUUAUCGGAAAUGUGGAUAUUAUCCUGCAUGUCCGACCACUCAAGGGAUUGAAACGACUUGAUACUGGAGCUCUCGUUAAGGACUACGAGGGUCCUGAGAAGGAAAUCACCCAGGCAUACCAGCUGGCCGUUUCCCAUGUCACUUUUGAGGAUGAGAGAUAUCUGGAAAAGGAUGCGCCGCCCAUGGCUGAGGAGUUCCCGAACGGCGAAAAGGUGAUCUUCAUGGGCAGCAUGGCCUACGGCACUGCGGGCCAAGUCGUGAGCACCACCUCGACCUCCAUGGAUAUCGGCCUAGCAUACUUCCCUUCCGAGACUCGGGAAAACGCAGAAUUCUCUCGACUGGUGAUGACCCGUCCAACAAGUCGGUACCAUCCUGCCCCAACCCUCACGAGACGCCUCGGUAUCUCCGCACUCGCUCUAUCCAGAAUCACAUCAACCUUAUUGGUCAUGCUUGAUGAUGGAUCAAAAACCAACAUCGGAUUAUCACUCAAAUUCGAGAGCAAGGGUAUGAAAGUGCUUGGCUAUACACGACGCAAUGAUAGAGGCUGGGAGUAUUCUGAACUGGCCGCACAAGCUCUUGAGAAGUACAGAGCUGCAUUCCCCGGGCCCUUCCAGAAUCUAGAUAACCGAAGCGGAGACAUUGUAACGGCGACUGAGCUCUGCCCUACGUCUGAAGAUCCAGACAAGGUCAUCAAGUCCAUGCGUGCCUGGUUAAAACAGGAAGGCCUCGUCGAUCUUGAGCCCGUGUCCCUUUUCGCGGAACAACUCGAAAAGGAAACCGUCCACCUCAUUGAACAGUUUGCGGAUACUUGUCGGGCCCAGAAGACUCCAGGGGACAUCAAACGCGCAGUAGUCAAGGGUAUUCCCAGGCAAGCCGUGCUCAAACCGGCUCAUGCUGCAUAUCGUCUGCAAGGACAGAUCUUCCAGCUUGGGGACCGUGUCAUCAUGGUUGUGGACGCCGCUGCCGGUGGAGUGCCUUUGGCUCUGAAGGGUGUCGUCGUCGGCAUUGGCAAUCGAGAUAUUGAUGUGGUUUGGGAUGUGCCUUUUAUGGGCGGAGAAACCCUCAACGGAAGGUGCUCUGAGUAUCGGGGAUCGACUGUGCCUUUCACUUCCUGCCUGAACCUCACUCGACCCCAAUUCUCUGUCGGCGCGAACUCUGCGCCCACCCCAGUCGGCCAGAAUGCACCGUUCAAGCCUCGAUUUGGACCUCAGCCCGCUGUGCAGAUGCAGAAUUACCAUCCAGCCAUCGCUGCCAGGCAUCAAGCCCCUACUAAUGGUAACGGUCCUAUCGGUAGCGCUCGAAAUCCCGCUAGGAACCACCAUCCGCAUAAUGGGCAGAUACGUUAUGGCGAUGCCGCCAAAGGAGUCAGACCUGCGCCUCAGCAACCUGCAAAAAUGGCCCAUCAAGGCAAGCUUCAGAGUCUCUUGAUGGGUCAAGCCAGGGUACUGGCAGCCCAACAAACCGCUCGCAUCUCCGGUCAUGGGUCUCAACACAUCCGCCCACCACAGCACGUCGUCAAAAGCCCUGUCCGUCAUACCGCAGCUCUCCCUACCAGCCCAAGGAGCCAGAACGGGGUCCUCGACGUUACCGGACUUGGUCGUGGAGGUGGGAGAGGAGGAAGAGGUCGUGGCGGAGCUCGUGGUCGAGGCAGCAAGGGGAGAGGUAGGGCUGGUCCGUCGGUCACAGCGGAGUAAGAUGUCGCCGAAUAGCGCACUGCAGUCUAUCCAUGGUUGCACACUCUCUCCACUACCUAUCUAUUCUCGUCGAGCCUCUACGUCCACGUUGGGUGCAAUCUGACCUACAGUACUCCUUGGGUAGACAAAGCGGUCCGCUAAUUUCACGAGCA